UGAUAAUCAAACAAAAAAACGGCUGUGGCCGUAUAUUUGUACUGACUACUGAGAACUUACAGCAGCAGCCAUACCGUGAUUGUUAUUAAUACGAGUUGGUAGGACGUCUUUUAAAAUUUGUUUUAGUUAUUUAUACAUUUUCACUAUGCUUGGACGACAUACUCUUAAUAAAACUCUGAAACUAAUUAACCGUCGGUAUGCAUCACAAUCUAUGCUUUCAUCAACAACAGAUGAAAAAACUGGUAUAGCGACAGUAGCAUUAAAUAAACCCCCUGUAAAUAGUUUGAAUUUAGAGUUUUUAAAUGAAUUUAAAACUCAAAUUCAUCAGUUACAAAAUGAUAAAGCUCGAGGAAUGAUAUUAACAUCUAGCUUGCAGAAUGUAUUUUGUGCUGGUUUAGAUAUUACAGAAUUUUAUAAGCCCGAUCUCAGUAGAUUAGCUGAAUUUUGGACAACAGUUCAAGAAACAUGGUUAGCGCUCUACCUGACACCUUUUCCUACAGCAGCAGUCAUAAAUGGUCAUAGUCCAGCAGGAGGAUGCUUAUUAGCAUUGAGUUGUGACUACAGAAUUAUGGUUGGGCCAAAAUAUACAAUUGGUUUAAAUGAAACCAAACUAGGAAUUGUGGCUCCAAAAUGGUUUCAGGAUUCUAUAGUUGCAGUAAUUGGCCAAAGAAAUGCAGAGUUGUCCUUAAUAGCUGGUAAAAUGUACUCUACAGAAGAAGCUUUAAAAAUCGGAUUAAUCGAUGAAAGUGUACCUGAUGCGAGUCGUGCAUUAGAACAAGGCAUUAAGUUCUUGAAUAAUUUUCAAAAAAUAUCACCUUGGGCAUUUAAAAUGACCAAAGAUAUAAGUCGUCAACCAACUGUACAAUGGUUACUUGAAAAUAAACAAAAAGAUCUUGAUUUUGUAUUACAAUUUAUGCAAUCACCAAAUGUUCAAAAAGGACUUGGUCUUUAUUUACAAUCUUUGAAGAAAUAAUUCAAUUUUGGAUUAACCAUUUUAUAUGUCAGCUGUAGCUACACAUAUGUUCAAGUCAAUGUUACACAAAAUAAAAUUGCAACUACAUUUUUUGAGAUUUAGUAACUUUAAUCAGUAUACCUAGGGGUCAAUUAUAUGUUUUGCUCAAAUAAAUAUUUUAAUAUAUAUAUUAUUUCAGUGUUGGCAAUA